GAACGAGUGGCGUGGAUAAACAACUUCAAACUAAUCGGCGGGCAAUUUCCCUUGGGGAUGCUGGCGGAUCGCCUUUCGUUUUCCCUGUUUUCUCUUCCCGCGUCCCGGCAUCAACCAAUAAAUAGAUGAAUACUAGCGGAAUUACAAUUUUGCUGUCCAUAACUACCGACUGUUAGUCCCCAUAUUAUGUGACAUGCGUUUUGCAUUCGGAUGUACCAAACACGUGAUUAUUUUACCGUUCGAACCCGCUGAGUUACAUUCCAAUCGUUUUGUGGGAUGAACUACAGCAACAGCAGUCUUGACCCCGAAGUUCUGGAAUUCUACUGUCCAAACAGGUCAAAAAAUGCCCGAUGUCAUGCCCACCACCACACACACCAACCACACCCUCAACGCCUCCACGGCACCCAUCCUGGAUCUCAUCAACAAGCGCAGCCUGGGGCUUAUAGACACUCUCAACCUGUUUGUUCAAACGCAGGUGCGUCACAAAGUCAGUCAAGUGCUCAUAACACAAGUAAGACUUAUCACGGUGCUCCGCAGCACGCACCACCACAGCAUGCACAACAGCGUUUCGGUGCCUCUGAACAUUUCCAUCAUCAUUCUGGACAUCGAUAUCGGUCUUCCAUCAGCCCAGUCCAGGCUUUGCCAAGCACUUGUGGCAGUAGCGUAAGUACGCUGAACUCCUCUAGUGGGUAUUGUACCGCGGGGUCUACCGCUCACAGUGUCGGUGUUAGUUCAGUUAGCAGUCGAAAAACGCACCUGCGUGCACGUGAUCACGUCAAGCUGCUGAGAGAAAAGAUUGCCCUACUACCUGGAGGGAGGUCCAGACAAGGUGGUCCUUUGCUGUGUUUUCCGUCAAACUCGCGUGCCCAUGACAUUCCGUAUGACGACCUUUGUUUACUUGUUUGUUAUUUGACAUACUUGCCCGAUGAAAGUGUAAAAAAAGCUGGAUUUUCUGUCAUCGUUGACAUGCGAAACGGGACUACGUGGAAUAACGUCAAGCCAAUACUCAGGGCUGUGGAACAGUGCGUUGUACCCAACGUUGCAAUAACCUACAUAAUCAAACCGGAUAACUUUUUCGAAAAACACAAAGCAAACAUGCAAAUCGGCAAGUUCAAUUUCGAAAUCCAACUAGUCUCCUUGGCCACGCUAUUCCGCGAAGUCGAUCCGAGUCAGUUAACUGCAGAACUAGAGGGCACAUUACCCUAUCAUCAUGAGGAAUGGAUAAAGAUCCGGUGCUGUGUUGAGGAGUUUUUCUUCUCCGCCCAAGAUAUGAUGGAUCAAUUCGGACAUCUGUUCAAUCUGCUGAAGCGUAAGCCAGACUUGGAUACAGUAGAACGAGCCAAACUCGCUUUGGAAGAACAUCGAUCUUUACGCUCAAAGAUUGUUCAAGCUCCUGUCUCAGCUAUCGAGGCCGAAGCAGAUCGUCUCACGACCUGGCUGCUCUUUGGGAUGACUGCCGCAACAGUAACCGGCACUAAUGCCGGUGGUUCCCAGUCCUUUCCGGCCUCGACAUCAGCGAUGAAUGCUGCAGGUGCUGGCGGUGCCUCGUUUCUGUCAACCUCUUGGGUUUCAAUGAAUCCAGAUUUUCAGAAGCUUAUUCCGCAAGUCCGUCGAACAUUCACAACUCUGAAUGAAUUCCGAACGCAUCUGCAACAAAAGUGGGAAGAUGUCAGAUCUCAUUUGGAACAAAUCUACCAACUACGGCUGUUUGAAGAAGACGCUAACCGAAUGGCAACUUGGCUUGGUCAACGACGUCAUCUGUUCUUGACCGAACAUGUGGAUAUUGGUCAAACAGCAUGUCACGCCGCAGAUUUGCUGGCUGAACAUCGACAGUUUGUUGAAGCGUGUUCAGCUGCAUUUGACACAGUGGCUCGUUUGAACGGAGUUGCUCGUAUUCUGGCGGAUGUUGGACACUUUGCUAGUCAGCAAAUUUUGAAGCAGGCCGCUCAGAUUGAACACGAAUGGAAAUCUUUUGUCUCCGCACUAGAAGAUCGUUCCCAAGUACUUUGCCUGUCCGCAAGUUUCCACGCUCGUGCGCAGGCAUUUCUAGCAAACUGUCCUAACCGUGCAACAGCUAUGCAGCAGGUGAACGGAAAUACGGUGCACGAGUUGAAUCAGGCGUUGCUCACCCUUCAGAACUACUGGCAAGAAGCUCAAACAGCCCAUAUGGAGGUGUGUGUGGAUGGCAAAGCGCUGACCGAUCAUCUUAGUGCACCUGUACCGACUGGCUCUCACACAUCACUCACGGCUGCGGUGGACUACUCCCAGGGUCGCAAGCACUGUACGGAUCUGGUGCAUGAAAUCUGGGAUAGGCUUAAACUGUUGGAACGCGUCUACAACGAACGCAGAACUCGUCUGAAUUCUCGCCUCACUUUGCUUAUGUUCAAGGAAGAUGUCGGACAAGUGUUGGCCUGGCUUACCGAGCACGGUGAACCAUUUUUGCAUCGACAAACAGCUGUGGGUAAAUCGAUUCAGCGAGCCGAACAGCUCUAUAAUACCCACAUGCAAUUCGAACAAGUUGCUGCAACUACCCUUCUCAAUGCGGAAAAACUUAUAUCGGUCGCAGAUGAAUUGGCAGCGCAGGCCGAUGACCCCGAAGAAGUGCUACAGCGAGCUAACGAACUGUUGACCCGCAUUUCGGCUUUCACCCAAGCCGUUGAGGCCCGACGCGAAACGGUAGAUCUUGGCUGUGGCUUUUACAACCACACAAAAGAAGUGAUUGCAUGGCUCCAUGCGGUCAAAGAAUCUCACAAUACUGGCGAACAUUUGCCGGCAACCAUUGAAGGUAUGGAAGACGAACUGACCAAUUUUCAUCGAGACCGCUCUGCGAUUGAAGAGGGUGCGGACCGCGUUGCCACAGAAGGCGAGACGUUGAUUAGUCGUCUGAAGGAUACAGAAGAAGUGACCCAUAUUCGAUCUGUUCUUGCACAAGUUGCCAGCGAACGAUCCACUGUGUCCGCUUUGUUAAUGGAGCGUCAAGUCCGGUUAGAUCUGUGUCUUCAGCUGCGGUUGUUCGAGGCUGAUGUCAAUUCUGCCCUAGACUGUUUACGUCAUGGCAUUCCAUCCUUUAGUCAGCUUCUGGCCAACAGGAAUGAGGCGAAUAGUUUACUCAAUGCAACGGCCACGACACAGUCACCCGUCAGUUCAUCCCAGUUUGCUUGGCUAGCGGAUCCUAGACAAGCACCCGAUAUUGCUUCACUAGAAGAACUGUCUUCAAUCUUCAUGUCAGUUUUACCGGCCGCCGAAGAAGUCCUCAACAAAGGUGGUGAACUGAUACGUGCUUUUGAAUCCCUCGGUGUCAAUUUUCCGGCUGGUGGUCCUGGAUCUAGUGACUCCGGUGUGGGUGACAGUGCCGAAACUGCCAUGGAGCGUGUGCACCGCUUGAGCAAUGAGCUCGCAGAAGUGGUUACUUUUGUUGAUGAACUAAACGAAAAAAUCAACGGGGAACUGGAAUGGCGACGUCUUGAACAGCAAAGCAAACAGGUCCUGCUUCGCAUCAGUCAGUGUGAAGAUAUGAUGCGCGAUACAGCCAUUAUUCCGGCCAAUCUUUCUGAAGCCCAAAGUUUGCAGACGGAACACGAGAAAUUCCAGCCAGUCCUCAACGAAGCUCAUCCAAGAGCCGUCCAAUGUGCUUCUAAGGCCAGUCUGCUUUUGCAUCAGACGGCCAACUACUCCAGCAGUUCAGGUCUUCUGUCAUCAUCCACGGGCGGUAGCAGUGCUAUGGAACAUCCACGACGCAAAGACUUCCGUGCUGUUGGAGAAGCGGUGACGGAACAUUGGCAGAAGUUGGUCUAUGCAGCCGAAGAUCGGCAUAAGCUCCUGGUAGCAGCCACCAACUGGUACAAAACGUCGGACCAGGUUACUUCGGUCCUCUGGUCUCUGGAAAAGGAAUACCGUCGUGAAGAAGAUUGGUGCCAGAAUGAGAAGGCCAUGUCCGACACUGCUGGCUAUCUGAAUCAACUAUCAAUGAAGCACGCCGAACAGAAAGAAGCCUUUCUGAAGGCUUGUAUGCUUGCAAGGCGUACAUCGGACUUGUUCAGCCGCUAUCUGCAUCGUCAGUCUCCCACAACACCGGGUCGAAAGGAAGUGGAAGAGAAAAUGCGGACUGCAAUGUCAGAACUAAUGGCCAAAGAACAGGCCGUUCUUGAGGCUUGGGCUGUUAGACGUCGCCGUCUAGACGACUGUAUAUACUUCAUCAACAUCAAGGGCCGAGUCGAGGAACUCCUCACCCGUGUACAACAACAGUCCAGCCUGAUGCAUUCACCGUCCAAAGAUAUUGGCAUGACAGUCUCCAGUCAGCUAGCCUCUUCACUCUGUCAAGAGGUGAAUCGAGCCUGUGAAAGUUUGGAGUCAAUGAUUGCUGCCUCGAUGCCCUUGUCACCGGGCCAUACAACCCAGCUGAGAUCGCUUCUAAAGCGGCUGCAAUCCACACUUCCCCAACCGUCUCCCUCGACUGUCACUGCAAAACUAAGUAUCAGUGGUCAAGAUGUAUCUCAAAAGCCACAGGGCGAACAACGAAAGUUAUCCGCGCCAGCCUCAGUCGCAAGCCGUCUGGAUAUUGCUCCUCGACCGAAGCGACCGGAUACGGAUACUGAUAGAACGUCGGUGUCAAGCACUAGCAGUUCUGGUGCCGGUAGCACAAGCACCGGGGCUAGCGAUGUCUUCCUUGGUUCGGGUUCUGCCGCGUCAGCUACCGGUCCGACGCAAGAGCAACGACGAAUGAUUCGCCGUCGGGAGAAUUUGCUUCACGAGCUCAUCCAGACCGAGCGCAGCUACGUCCAAGCACUGGAACAAUGUCUGGCCACCUACAAACAAGGACUGUUGAAUCCACCGUCGUGGCCCGAACUUAAGGUUCCUCCAGGCCUGUCGGACAUGGUUAACGUGCUGUUUGGAAAUAUGCCUGCGCUUUUCGAGUUUCACAAACAGACAUUCGAACCGGAGUUGGGCAAGUACACUGAAAGUGGUGAUUUUCUCCCUGAAGAUGUAGGCCACUGUUUUGUGGUCUACAGUGAGCGGCUGGCUGAUUUGUAUGUAGACUACUGUGUGAACUACACUGAAUCCACCCGACUCUAUAUUGAACAAGGACAGGCUUUCUUCAGCGUGAUCCAGCGUUACUUCAAUCUCACGGAACCGCUCCCGUCUUACCUCAUCAAACCUGUGCAGCGGGUUACGAAAUAUCAGUUGUUGUUGCGGGAACUUCGCGAUUGCUGUGACCCUGCAAGUGUGGCUGAACUCAACGAAGGACUAGAGGCCAUGCUGGAUGUACCCAAGCGAGCAAACGAUGCUCUGCAUCUGAGCAUGUUGCAUGGCUUACCAGACGAUCUUCCAAUCCAUUCUCUGGGGGAUGUCAUUCUUCAGGAUCAGUUUACUGUGUGGGAACCGAAACAGUUGAUCAAAAAGAGCCGUGAGCGGCGCGUGUUUUUAUUUGACAAUUGCCUGAUACUGGCCAAAGAGGCGUCUACACAACCGGGCGAACACAAGGCCAAGUCAGUCCGCAUGAUCAUAAAUCGCUGUUUACUUGUGUUUCACAUUGUUUACAAGCAAAGAUAUCAUUACAAGUCCCGCCUACUGCUGGCCGAAUGCAAUAUCACUGAACACAUUGAAGGGGACCAGUGCAAGUUCGCCCUGUGGACCGGGCGCGUACCACCAAUUCACGAGUAUCGCAUGGUUCUGAAAGCCUCCAGUCUGGAUUUGAAGCAGACUUGGGUUCGUGCGCUACGUGAAGGGAUGCGCGAAAGAAUGUUCAGUGUCCAAAGCCUCUAUCAGCAUCAUCAACAGAGUGCCAGCACCGGUAAAACCGGUGUGCUGAGUGAAGACGCCGAACUUUUGGAUACGCAUUACAUUUUGGAGAAUUACCAGGCUAGCCGUCCUAACGAGUUGUCCGUCUCGGCCCAUCAGAUUGUUCAAGUUUUGCAUCGUUGUGAUACUCCAAACUUACCAUUGGCUGAACCGGGCAGCACCGACUCCGGGGAUGCAUCGAAGUCUGUGAAGCUGGACCCUCAUGCGAGCGGCGAGUGGGCCUAUAUUCGCAUGCUCGUUCAGGGAACUGGUACCACCACUACCACACAGUCACCCAUCAAAGAAGGCUUUAUUCCAGCACGCCUGAUUGGGGCACCCUCUGGACGUCGCUCAUCUACGACUAGGAAUCGGAGUGCUAAUGCUUCAGGUCGCCGAUGGCUCUUGCCUGGUUCAGAUGUUCGACGUGGUGCAGGAAGCGGACUGGUACCUGGAAAACGCGGUUCCAAGGCGGAUCUCAAUCAGACUCAGGGUUUCCCAACCCCGUAUCCAACUGCAACCCCACGAGUUCUGUCCACAGAUCGUCAACCACCUAAGCUGAAUGCCACACCCGUGGAUAUUGGCUCGACAAUUCUGGAUAACGUGUCUGAGGAAAGCAUCGAUGUGGAACUUCCGCCCCCAAUGACUGAAUUGCAAGUCUUACCAACUACUACCCAACCUGAGCUUGCGGCGACCGAACAAACCUUGGAGGAUGCCCAUAAGGUUCAGGACGAUGGUGACGUUGCUUCGAGCAAGACAGCUGUUGUAGUCGAAUCCAACGGCCGAAGUUCAGCUGAACAAAUUCCUGAGGACGACGUACUAAGAAAAAAAGUCAAAGAAAUGGAAGAGGCCCAGAAAGCCGGUAAGGCCCGGAGAUUAUUUCAGUUAAUCCAUGCGACCGGUCCCCGGGAACCACCUGUGAGUGAAAGCAUCAAGCAUCAGAAUGGAACGACCAUCUCUAAUAAGCAGGAACGCCUUGAUCGGUGGGCUGAAUACUUUGAACAACAAAUGUCUUGGCCACCAGCCGGCACUCAUCUGCAGCCCACAGGUGAAGUAGAACCCUGGACGGUGAACGUGGAACCACCUACGGCCUCGGAGGUUUACGACUGCUCUCCACAGGUUCAGCAUCGUUUGGCAACAGUAGCCGAGGUUGCCGGCGAUGGUCGAAUCGAUAUGAGUAACGUGCCCAGUUUGGUAGGCCUCCCUGUCGGUGCGAAUCUGUCGGGUCUUGGUGAUCUGCGGUUGCAUGGAGGCCUAAACGUGGCUGCCAAACUUGUCGCUGGCCCGCGACCAGUCGCCACUGGAUCUCAGUCUACCGUUGGGCCAGAUGAGGAAAUGCUCCGUGGGGUUUUCGAUGAAGGAGCUGAGUUACAUUUUGUCAGUCGAUAUCUGUUCCUAUACGACCAAGCCUUGGUAAUCGCAGACGCCGCAGUUGAACUGCUACCGACGGACGAAGAAACCAGCCCAACCUUACGCAAACGACUUCAGUGUCAGUUCCGACACGCCCUACCAAUCUCCCAGAUUUCUAUCAUGGAGGAUGUCGGUGCUCCAGGUUCGAAACCAACCAGCGAACAAUUGCUUUGGUUUUGUUUGUCCGAACGUGCUCGCACGACGGUGAGCACCAGUCCUCUUGAUUCGGCUGGUGGUGGCGGCAACCACAGUAACAGUCCACCACCGCCCAGUUCCGCACAGUCCUACUUGUGUUACGUGGUUGCUCCUCGGUCGCCCGACACACGUGUUCGGUGGUUGACCGAACUGACUGCCAUGGUUAUGGAGGCACGUCGCUUAUCCCAAGCUUUUGCUACAUCCUCCCCUCUCGAAGGAUCCAGUCCCAACGGUGAUGCUGGACUACUUAUGCAUUCGAAGCUAACCAGUGCUGCAGCUGUUGCUCUGUAUCCCAGUGGGAUGCUUUUUGAUCAAAGUCUCAUGGAACUCCCGAAAUUAGGUCUUAUUCAAGUUGGCUCCCUCAACCCCGGUUCUAGAUGGAAAGUAACACCCACUUCUUCAUCGUCGCUGUCAGCGCCAAAGUCCUCGGACCUGCCCAGUUUCUUAGAAGGUUUGCACUUGACCGCGACAUCAUCCGCAUAGACAUUCGCUCAGAUUCAAUGCCCCCCCCCCUCCUCGUCUCACUGCGUUUACCCCGCCAACCCAUCACAUCUCGUUGGCACUUCCACAAACAAGAUAGUUUUGUCUUUCCUAAACGCACCCGUGUUGUUCUCACGUUUGAAUUUUAGGUAAUUUAUUUUAUGACAUUUUCUCCAGUUUAUACCGUUGUCACUGGUCCUUGUCUAAUUUCAACAAUACCCUUGGGUCCCAGUCAUGGCACUUCAAAAACCUACAAUCCCCCAAGCAUGUUGCAAUCCGGCACUGACACUAUACAUUGUCAAAUUUAAUAUCAUUAUCGUUUCCAGUCGGUCCAGAGCCGCUGUCUGAUUGAUCGAUCCGCAUUUCACGGUGUAACAUACGUAAUUUUUUCGCUACCUCGUUGGUCCGGUUUCCCUUUGUGAACCAUUAUAUUUCUUUCCUGGCUUACCUAAUUUCACACUUCUCGUAUGACUAUCCAGCUGUUCACGAUUCACAGCCUUCCCCCCUCUAGACAGCUUCAUUUCUGUUUGUACAUAUCCAUCCGCCAAGUAUCAUCCGUCGUUGUCCAUUUUAUACUACUCACGAGUAGUUUACCUCAACAUGUAAAUUUCACCUCCGCAGGUGCAUUUCUGCAGCAGGCUCGGUAACGUCUACUAUAUCUUUGCGGUUGAUUUUGAUUUCGACUAGGACAGACCAAGCCGUCAGCAUCAUCAUAACCUUUUGUGUGAAAGCUCACCAAAUCUGACUUUGAUUUGUGUAUUAUGCUUCCUAAUGCAUUACAGCAAAUUUUAUCGCGAACCUACCCUGUUUGGUGUACUGGAGUCUACCGAUAGUCGAUUGGCCGCUGGUGUCCUUCAUAUUGUUUGUUUUCUACUGGUCUCCGACGAAAGUUUGCCCCAAAUCAGUGCAGACUGAUCCAUAGGAGUCACAAGGGCACAUCCCAAUGAUUCCUCACAACGAAUCCGUCCGAAGCGAGGGUGAUCC